CCGAGAUCUUCCACCAUUCUUAUUAGGGCAAAAAGGAGGAGGGGAUGGGGCAUGCAGGCAGAGGGUAGUUUCUCCAUAGUAACAAUGACAAAACAAGCCAGUUUAACACCAGGCAGGCAAAAGGGAUGAUUGCAGCUGCUGAACAGAAGCACACAGACUUGUGCCGAGUGCUGUCCACAUAGGGAGAGGAGGAAGACCAGUUCAGAGAGGUGGAGAUCUAGUGGAUUGCAAAGAAAAGAGAAGAAAGAAGAUUACCAAAGUUUUAUGAGAAAGUGUAUAUCAGGCUGUCAAAGAACGUGCAGGGAGGCAACACGUGAGAGGGCACACACUUACAGUACCUGCCCUACACAUUCAUACCCUCCCAGCAUGGACCGGGACAGUCAAAGCGAGGAUACUUUGUCCACUAUUGUUCUGGAGAACAUUAAAAACAAACUGAUUCAUGCCUUCAGGGCGACAGGAGGGUCUAGAGAAAACCCUCAAGACUCUGGUUCCACCGUCAGACCAGUCAGCAUCGGUAGGAGUUACCAAGCCAAUGAAGAGCUGCGGAGGGCGCAGAUAGAUGGAGCGAUAACCUGGCUGAGGUCUGAACUGCUGGAGAUGCGCUCACAGGACCUCCAGCUGGCUCAGACACUGCUGGGGCUCAACACAGAGAUCCAAAGACUGAGGAGGGAGAGUUUCGGAGGUGUGGAAGUAGAGGGGGAUGAUCAGCAGUAACGGCCCCAGUAGAUAGCCCCUUCUCUGGGCAAAGACUUAACAGUGACUAGAGGUGGCAGAAUGCUUUUACUGGAACCCAUGGCGGACAAGGAAAUGGCCCUGUUGCAAGUUGCAACAGAACAGUAGAGAUUGAAAGCAUUUUCUUGUGAUAAUGGCUCAUUGUAAUAAAAUGUGUCAUGGUAAAAAGAAGUAGAAACCUGUUGCAUGUAAAGUAACCUGGGUAGAGAAAAAAAAAGAAAGGACAGAAUCUGCUUUCUUUUGUGUGAUGCUGACAUUGUUUUUUGUUGUUUUCUUUUAGAUUUCUUUGCACUUAUGCAGAGUUGUACUAAAGACAGUUUUGUUUCUUUGCUUAGUGAAGAAACAAUGCAUU